ACAAACUUCACCUUCCGAUAUCUGAGGUCAGGUUGUGGGUAUAUAUUGUGGUGGAGCGGAGGAGCAGCAACAAACGCAGCUCACAUCUCCUCACACAAUGAAGUUUACCGCGCUGAUCCUGGUGUUCCUGAUGGUGGUGUCAGCGGUCGUCAGUAGUCCCGCCCCACACAAGAAGGGCUUUGGAUUUGGCAGCAAGAAAGGCGGCCGUCGUGGCUUUGGCGGCUUCCGUCCAGUUCACGUGGUGCAAGUACCUAUCCCAGUGUACCAUGGCGGCUACGGUGGCGGCUACAGCCACGGCGGCUACGGUGGCGGCUACAGCCACGGCGGCUACGGUGGCGGCUACAGCCACGGCGGCUACGGUGGCGGCUUCGGCAGCAGCUUCGGAGGUAGUCACGGUGGUCUGUACGGCGGCUUUGGAAGCGGUCACGGCGGUUACGGUUAUGGAAGCUACGGAAAGAAGUAGACUGAACAAGUGAGAGUUAGAGAGUUGGUCUGGGAACACUGCCGCUGUGAGAGUCUUCCUGGACAGGUAACUCUCUCUCACCUGCUCAUAUUAAUCACUAAUGUAAAUAAUGGUCAAUACUUUCCUAACACCUCAUUCUUCCUUUCAUUAUAAAAAUCUUACACUUCGUGUAGGAAAUAUUAUGUUCUUAUAACCUUCAUCAUCAUUUUUGUACGAUACUGAUUUUUUACUGAAUAAAAACAAAUCUGUUUA